GACAGACCGAACAUAUAAGAAGGAAACCAGAGAUCUGGUGCUAUUACGUCCCCGAGUCUAAGGGAACAAAAAAGCACAGAAUUAAAAGCAUUCUUCAGGCUGAAUUCUUAAGGGGUGCGUUUCAGGAUCUAGACAAGCUGAUUUAUGAUAACUAAGUUUUAAACUCCAACAACCAAAGUCAUAAUAAGGAUUAGGGCUGCCGAUAUUUCAAUAUGAAGAGCAACCACACUUUCAUCACCAUCAGCGAAAACAUGAACAGCAAUCUUCACUUUGGACUUGUGAACAGUUCUGGAAGCACUGUGUCUCUGUUUAACUGCUCACAUAAGCAAUCAGAUAAACAUUUAGAGGCAGCUCCUGUUCUCUACUACAUUAUCUUUGUGAUUGGAUUUCUUGUCAAUAUUGUUGUGGUGACACUAUUUUGUUGUCAAAAGGGUCCUAAAAAAGUUUCUAGCAUUUACAUCUUCAACCUGGCUGUGGCUGACUUACUCCUCUUGGCUACUCUUCCUCUCUGGGCAACCUAUUAUUCUUACAGAUAUGACUGGCUCUUUGGACCUGUGAUGUGCAAAGUUUCUGGUUCUUUUUUGACCCUGAACAUGUUUGCAAGCAUUUUUUUUAUCACCUGUAUGAGUGUUGAUAGGUACCAAUCUGUCAUCUACCCCUUUCUGUCUCAAAGAAGAAACCCGUGGCAAGCAUCGUAUAUAGUUCCCCUUGUUUGGUGUAUGGCUUGUCUGUCGUCAUUGCCAACUUUUUAUUUCCGAGACGUUAGAACCAUUGAAUACUUAGGAGUGAAUGCGUGUAUUAUGGCUUUCCCACCUGAGAAAUAUGCUCAGUGGUCGGCUGGCAUUGCUUUAAUGAAAAAUAUCCUUGGUUUUAUUAUCCCUUUAAUAUUCAUAGCCACAUGCUAUUUCGGAAUCAGAAAACAUUUACUAAAGACCAAUAGCUAUGGGAAGAACAGAAUAACCCGUGAUCAAGUCCUAAAGAUGGCAGCUGCUGUUGUUCUGGCGUUCGUCAUUUGCUGGCUUCCCUUCCACGUUCUGACCUUCCUGGAUGCUCUGGCCUGGAUGGGUGUCAUUAAUAGCUGUGAAGUUGUAGCAGUCAUUGACCUGGCACUUCCUUUUGCCAUCCUCCUGGGAUUCACCAACAGCUGCAUUAAUCCCUUCCUGUAUUGUUUUGUUGGAAACCGAUUCCAACAGAAGCUUCGCCGUGUGUUUCGGGUUCCAAUUACUUGGCUCCAAGGCAAGAGAGAGAGUGUGUCUUGCAGAAAAAGCAGUUCCCUUAGAGAAAUGGAGACUUUUGUAUCUUAAACAUGAGAAUGGAAUGUGUGUUAUCAUCAUGGCUGUUUGGUUUAAUAUCCACCAGAAUGAUCUUUUAAUGGUUCUAAUCAAAUAAUGCUUUUUUUGCCCCCUAAUCUUUUCUCACUC